UUUUUUUGAAUUUGUUGUCAUUCUUCCCUUCGACCCCCAACAUUUCGAUUCUCAAGUUGACGGAACCCUAACCUCGAUCCAAAUUCCCCACCGCAUACGGCGACACCAUGGGAAGCACGGGGAAGCUGAUGAACCAGAUCAUGGAGCUCAAGUUCACGUCGAAGAGCCUGCAGCGGCAGUCGCGCAAGUGCGAGAAGGAGGAGAAGUCAGAGAAGCUCAAGGUGAAGAAGGCCAUCGAGAAGGGAAACAUGGACGGCGCUCGGAUCUAUGCCGAGAACGCGAUCCGGAAGCGCACCGAGCAGAUGAACUACCUCCGUCUCGCUUCUCGCCUAGACGCCGUCGUCGCACGCCUCGACACCCAGGCAAAGAUGCAGGUGAUUGGGAAGUCUAUGGGAUCCAUCGUCAAGUCCCUUGAGUCUGCUCUCGCCAGCGGUAAUCUUCAGAAAAUGUCCGAGACCAUGGAUCAGUUCGAGCGCCAGUUCGUCAACAUGGAGGUCCAGGCGGAGUUCAUGGAGGGCGCUAUGGCUGGAUCCACCAGCCUCUCAACCCCGGAGGGCGAGGUUAACAGCCUUAUGCAGCAAGUGGCGGAUGAUUAUGGCCUUGAAGUCUCCGUCGGACUGCCACAGGCUGCGGGUCAUGCAGUCCCGGCAAAGGAACACGAAAAAGUGGACGAGGACGAUCUCUCCAGACGUCUGGCUGAUCUCAAGGCCAGAGGUUAAAGGCAUUGAUGGUACUUGCUCUUGAAACUGCUACCUGUUGAAAUCUCACGACAAAUACGAUUAUGCUGGAAAACUGGUUGAUUAUGAGUGUACCUGUGAAUACAAUUAUCUUGUGAUUUAACUGCAUUGUUACCCAAACAAAUAUUUGCAAUACGCUUCAGAUUGUGGGAGCCAUUAAUCUGCAGCAACCUUGUGU